UUAAUUUUCCCCCUCUUUUUUAGGUUCUGUUGUAGCCGGAGUUGUUGGAUCUAAAAUGCCUAGGUAUUGUCUGUUUGGGGAUACAGUAAAUACUUCAAGUAGAAUGGAAAGCAAUGGAUUACCUCUUCGUAUUCACGUUUCUUCUGAUACAAGAGAAAUUCUUGUUAAAGAUCCAGAUUUUCAAUUAGAAUUACGUGGUGAAGUAGAAAUGAAAGGAAAAGGCAAACAAACCACUUAUUGGCUAAAGGGCUACAAAGACACUCAUGUUCCUUACUUUGGGCCAGAAUACUUAUAA